UUUGAAGAAGAUGCGGAAGAAGCCGGCGGGGGCCUGGACGGCGGGCAAGGCAAGAGGAAGAGGCUGUUCUCCAAAGAACUAAGAUGCAUGAUGUAUGGAUUCGGGGAUGACCAGAACCCUUACACAGAAUCAGUGGACAUUCUUGAGGACCUGGUAAUAGAGUUUAUCACAGAAAUGACACACAAGGCCAUGUCAAUUGGGCGGCAGGGUCGCGUACAAGUUGAGGACAUUGUCUUUCUAAUCCGCAAAGACCCCCGGAAGUUUGCCAGAGUUAAAGACCUCCUAACUAUGAACGAAGAACUGAAACGAGCCAGAAAGGCCUUUGAUGAAGCAAACUAUGGAUCUUGAUCCUGUGCAUGGGCUGCACUGGGCAUGCAUUACUUGGGCACUUGCUGCCCAAAAAAGAAGGGAUAUCAUGUGCGGUGUUUGGAGGGGUUAUUCGGGAUGGAGAUCACUGCUGGGAUGUCUGCCCUCGCUCCCAGCCUUUUCUGAAAAGUAUUCAAGCAGCUGAAUGUUAUCUGAUUGUAUGUGGUAUACUUAGGUACUUUUAUACCAUUUUAAUGAAGUAAGAGAAGAGUUCUAAAGAUUCUUGUAAUGGCAGGAAGUCUGUUU